AUGUCUACAGAUCCUAACAGUAGUGAAGGCAAUAUUAUAGAUAACGGCAAUACCAAUGUCGAUAAUAACAACAACAACGAUAAUAACAACGACAACGAUAACAACAACAACAUCGAAGUCAGUACCGACAUCCCAGAAACUAAUGUCAAUAGUGGCGAUUCUACUUCAGCUUUUGAUAAUGAAGAAACUCAAAGUCAAAACACUUCUAGUUCCAAUUCUAGCAAUUUAUUAAAACGUAAGAAUGAUGAAGAAGAACAAGACGUUGAUAAAUUAAAUAAAAGAGUAGCAUUGGAUAGUGAACAAUUAGAAUUACAAGAUAAACAACAAGAACACUCAAUCACUGCUCCUACAAUUACUUCAGUACAAGAAGAUGUAUCUACAACUGAUGAUCAAUAUCAACAACAUCAAGAUGAAGCUACGCUGAAUACCGAAGAUCCCGCAGACCCACCAACAGACCAAUAUCCACAACAACAACAUGAACAAUACGACGAACCUGCUUAUGAACCUCAAGCAACUGAUUCAUAUGAAGGAAGUUCUGAAACUUCUAGUUCCUCCAAACCAGUCUCAAACCAUCGAGAAAAAGACAAUGAUCCAACUUAUACUCAAUUUAGAAUGUAUUGUCCUGUUAAAGAAGCAAGUUGUAUAGUUGGUAAAAAAGGUGAAAAGAUUAAUCAUCUUCGAGAAAAGGCAAAUGUUGGAAUUAAUAUUAGUGAUAAUCUUAAAAAUGUACCAGAAAGAAUUGUUACUGUUAAAGGUUCUGCAGAAAAUGUAGCAAGAGCAUUUGGUUUAAUUACAAGAACUAUAUUAGAUGAGCCUGAAGAUGAACCUGCUUCUAUUAGAAGUCAACAAUAUAAUUUGAAAUUAUUAGUGCCACAUCCAAUGAUUGGAUUUAUUAUUGGUAAACAAGGAUUAAAAUUUAGAGAAAUUGAAGAAAGUUCUGCUGCAAAAUUAAAGGCUGCUGAACAACCAUUACCUUACUCCACUGAUAGAGUUCUUUCAGUUACUGGAGUUGCUGAUGCAAUUCAUAUUGCCGUAUAUUAUAUUGCUCAAGUUAUGCUUGAACAUAAAGAUUGUUUAAAGAAGUAUAAAGUUAUAUAUUAUAAUCCAGCAAAUUAUCAACAUGGAAAUGUCAGCAAUAGUAUGAUGAAUAUCGCCCCUCCACAACAUCAACAACAACAUCCAAUUGGCGGCGGUGCCUCCCCAAUGGACAAUUUAUACGGCCAACCAGCUGCAAUGGGUGGCAUGGACCAACAACCACUUCCAUAUCAAGCCCAAAGACAACCAUAUGGCCAGCACCAACAAAAACAACAACAACAACAGCCAUACAACUUCCAAAUGAUGUUCCAACCAUCAGUUCACCCACAGCAACCACAACACCACCAAUAUGGCGCUCCUCUCCCACCACAAGCCUCUAUUGUUCCAGGUGCCGGCGGUGCAGGUCUAGGUGGUGGUGUCGGUACCAUCCCCCAACAAACCCAAUAUACAGAUGAACACGGUAACACCAUUAUUGGCGAAGUAGUUACCAAUCCUCCAGUCCAAGUUGGUCCAUCCCCAGACAAAUUCAAUCAAGAUAUCUUUGUCGCCAAUGCCAAUAUCGGAAGUGUGAUUGGACGUGGUGGAAAUAAUAUUAAACAUAUUCGUGAGAAUAGUGGAUGUACAUAUGUGAAAAUUGAACCUGAUAGAGGACAAUCGAUUAUGCUUGGAGGUGGAAGAGGGUUAACUAAUAUUAGGAAAUUGACUUUGACGGGGUCUGUGGGGGCCAUUCAGACGGCGAUUUAUUUGAUUAAUCAGAGGAUUGCGACUGAUAAAGAGAGGAAUUCGAGAUAG